CCACACGACAAGCUCGAUCAUCCUCUAGAUAAAAGCAACAGCCCCAUUACCAAUUUUAGCACCACUGCCACCGAAUAGCCUCCCAACUUUCUUAACCAUGUCCACCCCUGCCCUGCACGUCCUCGCUUAUCCCUACCCAACCGCAGGCCACAUUAUUCCCCUCCUUGACCUCACCCGGGAGUUACUCACCCGCGGCCUAACCGUCACCGUUUUGGUAACCCCCAAUAACCUCCCUUUACUUGACCCGUACAUCUCCUCCCACCCAUCUUCUCUCAACCACUUGGUCCUCCCCGCCCCUGAUAUUACGCCUCCCCCACAAAAGAGGCACAUCGCUAACAUGCGCGCCUUGCGUGACCUUCACUAUCCUAUCCUCCUCCAGUGGUUCCAAUCCCAUUCCUCGCCGCCUGUGGCUAUUAUUUCAGAUUUCUUCCUCGGCUGGACCCACCACCUCGCGUGCGAGCUAGGCGUACCACGACUCGUCUUCUCGCCGUCCGGUGCCUUUGGGCUGUCAGUGGGUUUUUCCAUUAGUCGCGACCCACCGAAGAACGAUGAUCCAGAGAACAUCAAUUUCCUAGUUUCGCUUCCGAGAAUCCCGAAUUCCCCUGUUUACCCUUGGUGGCAGGUCCCUCAGCACUUUAGAAUCGGUCAAGAAGGAGACCCAGAUUGGGACUUUUACAGAAAUAACAUGCUGGCCAACAUCGCGAGUUGGGGAUUGGUGUUGAACUCAUUCGCGGAGUUGGAAGGCGUUUACAUUGAGCAUUUGAAGAGAGAACUAGGGAAAGAUCGCGUGUGGGCUGUGGGUCCUGUAUUGCCUCCGGUGGACGGUGAUUCGGAGGAACCUGUUAAUAGAGGUGGGGCCAGCUCUGUGCCAUGUCAUGAGGUCAUGACGUGGCUGGACUCUCGUCCUACCGACUCGGUUGUCUACGUUUGCUUUGGCAGUCGCGUAGUGUUGAAUAGUCAGCAAAUGGAUGUGCUGGCAGCUGCGCUGGAAGUUAGCGGGGUCCAGUUCAUUUUGUGCUUGAGGGUGCCCGAUGGGGGACAGGCGCAGGACGACCACGGCGUGAUUCCUGAUGGGUUUGAAGGUCGUGUUCGUGGAAGAGGUUUUGUGAUCAAAGGGUGGGCCCCACAGGUGACCAUUCUGAGGCACCGAGCCGUGGGUGCGUUCUUGACUCACUGCGGGUGGAACUCGGUGUUGGAAGGAAUUGCAGCGGGCGUUGUGAUGCUGACAUGGCCGAUGGGUGCAGACCAAUUCACGAAUUCCAAGUUGUUGGUGGACCAAUUAGGGGUGGGAAUCUCAGUCGGUGAGGGCACUCAAAACAUUCCAGAAUCUAGCGAGUUGGCUCGACUAUUGGGAAUCUCGGUUGUGGGAGAUAGGCCAGAGAGGGUUCGAGCCAAAGAACUUAGUGAUGCGGCCCUGGUUGCCGGGAAAGGCGGAAGUUCACAUCAAGAUUUGAACGAGAUGGCAAAGCGAUUAGCUAAUUAUAAAAAGUAAGAGCACCUUCAAUAAUAUGGCUAAACUAAUCAUAUGAAGAGUUUUUUUUCCCUCCAAGAGAUUAGUUAGGGGCAAUUUAGGGUAGCACAAUGUAUAAUCAUUUUAUUGCUUUUCUUUUGUAUUCUCCCUCUUUCUUUUUAUGUCCAAAUGGGUUGUUGGAA